AUGCUUCGUCGCCUCGCCCUUGGGCCUGGAGUGGUUCUUCAGCUGCGGUUUGACCGCUGCAGGGAGCCGCUGGCGCGUGACUCUGUUCGGUACAAGCAGCUGCCGGAGAGCAUGCAGCCGAAGUCGCUUGGUGACAAUUUCACGCCGUUUCCGCUACCCAAGUUUGAUGAUGACUUGGGCUACGGGCCUGUGCGUCUGCGCAACAUUCCCGACAUUGAGCGGGCGAAGGAGCGCCAGCAGCAGAGAGGAGCAGCACUCAUGGAGGCGUCGCUGGAGGACAUGGGGGAUCUGCAGCGGCAGCAGAAUGCGGAGGAGGAGGAGGAGGCGGCGGAGGGGUGGACGCGUUCCUCUUCCGCCGCCAUGUUGCACGCCACGCAGACAAGAGAAGCAGCAGCUCCUGUGAAAGAGGAAGAGGAUGCGUUGGGUGGCUACUCUGUCUCCCGCGACUACCCUCUGAUUGAUUGUCUGCAGUGCGACCGCACACUGGAGAGUCUCCUCUCUCAGUUCGCCGAGCGGCCACAGGUCGAGGCCCGAUCUGCCGCCCUGGCGGACAUGGCCUCCACCAUUCCACGCCGCAGUGACGAGGAGCUGGUGCGCAUGCUGGAUCAAAUCAGCAUUCCCUUCACGCCCAAUGGCAGAGGACUCAACUUUCUCGUCACAAAGGUGUGUAAGUUCGGCCGACCAUACUUCGUCACCAACUCCCUCGUCAGUGCUUACGUGAACCUGAUGAACGCGGCUACUGUCGCCCUCGUGCAGGAGCAGCCGUGGCGCCUGCCACGCAGCCCGGCGUUGACUGUGCAAUUGCUGCAUUUCAUGGCGCUGAUCAAAGUAUUCGAGCCGAACAAGUGGUUCACCUACUCCGACCACGCGCCGUCCAACAGGGCAGAUUACUCGCACCCGCGAGGAGUCAACCGCACAACGGCAUUUUGGGGAACAGGUGAAGAGCUCUUCGACUUCAUGGUGGAGCUGGUGCGCUGCGACGAGGGCGGCGCCAACGCUCCGCUGCUGGAUUUGUGUAGCGACGCGCAGCUUGUCGACCUUCUUAAUGGCUUCGCGGCGGUGAUGCCGGACGGCAGAGCGAUCGGGGACGUCUUCAACUCCAUCAUGACAGUCUUCCUGCAACGUGUGCGGAGACGUCAGGAGCAGAGCAACGGCGUGCCGUGGGCGCCACAGGAUAUCGCGACAGUCGAGCGGAUGUACCUGUCCUCUGUGCUGUCUGACGCCGGCAACGCGGAGCUGCUGCGUCUUCUCCUGCAUGACACCAGCUGUCCGCGAGGUGCUGACUUCUUCGCUGCCGUUUCGCGGACAAGAGACGCCAUGGUGCAUGCACGGGCUCUCGUUUUACUGCAGGAGGCCAUUGACGUCGCCACGGAACGGGGCGACACCGCCACUCUGCUUCCGCUGCUGGAGAGCGGCUCCGAGUUGCUGCUGUCGCUUGCCGACAAGGACGCCGCGUAUGCAUUUGCUGUGCGCAAUCAGUUUGACCACCAGACCCUUCGCUCUUUUCAGCACUGCGCCGUCGUCGCGGACCGCCUGCUUGCCGAGCAGCCAUGCACCGCCCCCCGCAUUCCCUCCUCGCUGAAGGAUCUGCAGGCGCAGCUGCGCGCUCGCAAUGACGCAAAGUCGAUCUCCGCAGCGGCGUCCUCAGCCUCUGUGCCGGAGUAUUUGUCUCGGCCCUCCAUGCGUCGCUCCUCGCGACCUGUAAUGACGCUGCUGUCGCAGCUGGAAUACCUCAACGGCAUCGACUCUGUCUAUCUGCUACACUCCUCUCUGAUGGCGACGGGCACGGAUCAGCUCGUGUCGGCAGUGAGGCGGCUUCCCAGCGGCAAGGACAGCCUGAUCGUGACGACGUGUUGUUUGCGUGAGUUGUCGGUAAAGUCCACCACGAGCGCCCGUGCGAAGGAGCGGGCGGCGUGCGCCCAGGCGCUGGAGAUCAUCGCGUACGAACUCGAGAAGGGCCGCGCGGUACUGCUACCGCUCAGCGAGGAGAUACGGCUGCACGACGCAGGGGUGUAUUGCGACGAGGACCUCAUGCUGUGGACCGUUGCUGCCUUCUUCGCACGGGAGCUGCCGCUGGUGCGUGUGCUCACGCUGCUGCACGGCAACAACGCCGCCCGCUCCCCGCACCGCUUUCUAAAGGGUGCGCAUAACCUCCUCUCCUCUUCGCGCUCGCUGUACGACAGGGACGCGCCGCUGUUGGCUGCGCUGCACAGUAAGGAGCUGAAGCUCGUGACGCGCCACGCGAAGCUUCGCAAGGCGGUGCGUGACCGCGGCUGCACGCUCUAUUACUACAACCCCGUGCGGGCCCGCUUUGUGUACCGCAGGGACACGGCGCUGUUCGACAGGUAUCACGUGACGGCGCGGCACCUUGCACCCGGCUUCAGCCGCGGGGCGCUGCAGCAUGACUGGCGCGGGCUCGGCGUCUACACGCCCGACCAUCCGCAGGUGCCGUACCGCCCCCUUGAGCAGCAGCAGCAGCAGCAGCACGAGGCGGUGUGA